UUUUUCUUUAGCACAGGCCAGUACUGCGGAAGUUCAGUUCGGACACCCUUUCGUCUUCAUCUGUGUUUUCACACUCCGGGGGUUGCCGAUUUGCUGUUUCAGUGUAAUACAUCACUGUCUUUUCGUUAUCUUCUUUCUCUCUCUGUUUUUUCUUCUUCUUCUUCAUUUCAAGGACUAGGAGCUUGUUCCUGAGGAUGGCCGACCAGUUCGCGAGGUCCGUACAGUACGGCCUUGGGCUCGCUAAGCGGAUUUACUACGGGAAGGAUCGGACGGUGUCGCCGCCGGCUAUGGCGGCGAUGGAGAAAUCGCCGUCGCUGAAGUCGAGGGAGAUGUAUCUGCCGGCGGCGCCGAUGGUGUACGCGGCGGUCUCAGAGCCGUCGAUUGUGGAUAAUCCGGAUAUUACGAGCUACCAGCCGUACGUGCACGGCCGGUGCGACCCGCCGGCGUUGAUUCCGCUCCACAUGCAUGAGAUUGCGAUGGAAGUUGAUUGCUAUAUGGAUACGGCUUUUGUUACGGUUUGCGGAACUUGGCGAGUUCACUGCGUUACGGGAAGUAGAAGCUGCGAUUGUCGCAUAGCCAUUCCGAUGGGAGAAGAGGGUUCAAUUCUAGGUGUCGAGGUUGAUGUUGGUGGAAGAUCAUAUUAUACCAAACUGAUCGCCAUGGAAGAUAUAGAAGAUGUGGAUAAAGCAGCCAAAGCUGAAGAUGGGGGCUUUUUGAUACCCCAGAUUUAUACUUUGAAAGUUGCAAAGGUAUAUGGAGGGUCCAUUCUUUCACUUAAAGUCAGUUGGUCUCAGAGGUUAUCAUAUGAUGAUGGUCAGUUUUACCUCAGCAUACCAUUUAGUUUUCCAACAUAUGUGAUUCCUGCUGGGAAGAAAACCUCCAAAAGAGAAAAGAUAGAGUUGAAUGUGAAUUCUGGCAACAGUGCAGAAGUUUUGUGCAAAACUAGCAGCCAUCCUCUAAAGGAAAUAAGGCGUCAGUCUGGUAGAUUGGGAUUUUUAUAUGAAGCAGAAGUUCUCAAAUGGUCAGAUUCUGACAUCAAUUUUUCAUAUACCGUUUCUUCAAGCGACAUAUGUGGUGGAAUGCUCUUGCAGUCUCCAUCUUUGCAUGAUUUGGAUCAAAGAGAGAUGUUCUGCCUCUAUCUUUUCCCUGGAAAUCACCAGAGUAUGAAGGUUUUUAGAAAAGAAGUAGUAUUUGUCGUGGAUAUAAGUGGAAGCAUGCGUGGAAGGCCUCUAGAGAAUUCUAAGAAUGCACUAUUGGCAGCCCUCUCCAAGCUCAAUGCACUAGAUUAUUUCAACAUAAUAGCUUUCAAUGGAGAUUCUCGCUUAUUCUCGUCAUCUAUGGAGCUGGCAACAAAAGAAGCAAUUGAAAAUGCUACUGAAUGGAUUGGCUUAAAUUUUAUUGCAGAGGGUGGUACAAACAUUUGGCUUCCCUUAAAUCAGGCUAUAGAGAUGUUAUCCAAAACCAGUGAUUCAAUUCCUCUCAUUUUUCUCGUUACUGAUGGGACGGUGGAAGAUGAAAGAAACAUUUGUAGUGCAUUGAAGGUCCGUUUCACUGGGGAAGGAUCAAUCUGUCCUCGCAUUUCUACUUUUGGCAUAGGUUCAUACUGCAAUCAUUACUUUUUACGAAUGCUAGCACAGAUUGGGAGGGGCUACUAUGAUGCUGCUUAUGAUGUAGAAACAAUUGAAUUUCGAAUGCAAAGACUAAUCACUACUUCAUCAUCAGCUCUUCUUGCAAAUAUAACCAUUGACACUUUCAAGCUUCUCGAUGCUGUAGAGUUAUUUCCAUCCAGAAUUCCAGACCUUUCAUCUGGAAGUCCUUUGGUAAUAUCAGGCAGAUACCGAGGGAACUUUCCAGAGUCUCUUAAAGUUAAAGGUACCCUGGCUGAUAUGAGCAAUUUCACAGUGGACUUGAAAGUGCAAAAUGCAAAAGAUAUCCCUGUUGAUAAAGUACUUGCCAGGAGACAAGUUGAUAUACUCACAGCCCAAGCAUGGUUGUCAGAAAAUAAACAGCUUGAGGGGAAGGUUGCAAAAAUGAGCAUAGGAACCGGGGUUCCAUCUGAAUAUACCCGCAUGAUUUUACUUAAUAUUGAUAAAGGGAAGCAAGAGUUUGAGUCCACUGUAAUACAAGAGCAUAAAAUUGACCUACGAACGAUGAUGGACUUUAAGGGCCACAAGGUGGUGUUUCUGCAAGGCCUGGGUGUUGGAUUUGGCGACUUGGUAGCAACUGCAGACAAUUUGCCUCCGGGAAUCAGAGAAAUGGCAUUACAGGAACCUCCUGGAAUGCUUGUGAAGGCAGUUUCCAAAUGUUGCGGUGGGCUGGUGGAUCGCUGCUGCUGCAUGUGCUUUAUCCAGGCUUGUGCACGGCUGAAUGACCAGUGUGCUAUUGCUUUCACGCAGCUUUGUGGUGCCCUUGCAUGUUUUGAGUGCCUUAGUUGUUGCUUUGAUCUGUGUGUUUCGUGUGACUAGAACUUAAAUAUGAGAGAGAGAGAGAGAUAGAGAUAGAGAGAGGAAAAAAAUAUGAAACUAUCAGAUCAUAUCCGGUGCUCUAGUUUCUGUUUGUACAUAUAUUUUGUAAUAUAUUGUUAAUAUAUUAAUAUUCUGCAGC